AUGCGACGGCUGGCGACGCUCCACCUUCUGUCUGCGAAGAAUCUGCAGAAUAGCCUUCAUGUGCGAGAGGAGGAGAUUUGCGACAUGCUCAAUUCGAUCGCUGCAGACGCAUCUGCUGCUUACGCAUCAAUGAGUACUUCGGAUGCGACUAGAAUGGGCGCUGCUACUACUACUACCGGAGGAACCGCAAAAUCUGCCGCCGAGUCGGAAGAUGGGGUCAUAGUAGAGCUACUAGGACCCGCUGCGCAUGUAUGCGCGCGCGCGCAGCGCCUCGCGCUGCAGCUACACAGUUUCAUGCGCGCGUGCAUCGCGGAGCGACGCGCGCUCGUGCGGCAAAAAAAACGCACGGAAGAAGAAGAGACCACUCUUGUUGAUGCAUUAUUCGAGAUGGAAGGGGAGGGGGAGGAUAAGAUGGAUAAAGACGAGAUACUGAUGCUCGCUAUUGACAUGAUGACUGCUGGCACUUAUACGACCUCCAAGACCGUCGAAUGGGCGCUUGCUGAGCUGGCGCAGCACCCCGACAUGCUGGACACGCUGCGCACUAAGGUGGAUGCAAUGUAUGCCAGGUCAGCAAGUGCAGCCACCAAAACGGGGGCGGAUAGGGCAGGAUGGUCGGAUGUUAUGGUAUCUCUGCCAGUGGUGGAAAUGCCAUACCUGCAGGCAGUGUUAAAAGAAACACUUAGGCAUCAUCCGGUUGCUCCGUUUCUCGUUCCCCACCUGACAACUGGCAGCGUAACUCUCAGUGGUUACCACAUCCCUCCCAACACCAUGAUCCAGAUCAAUGGCUGGGCUCUCGCGCACGAUCCAACGGUCUGGAUUAACCCGCACGAAUUCGACCCCUCCCGGUUGCUUGGCCCUGCUGCCCCUGAUGUGACAGGGCAAAAUUUCAGCCUGCUGCCCUUCGGUUCGGGCAGGCGCGGAUGCCUUGGGACAAACCUGGGUUUGGACAUGUGUGCCCGCCUGCUGGCAAAUUUCGUUCUGCGGUUUGAUUUCAAGUUGCCCAAAGAUGUGCGGGCAGCUGGAGGGAUGGACAUGACGGAAACUUUUGGGCUGACCAUGGCUCUGGCCAAGCCACUCAGAAUGGUGUUGAGGGAGAGAAAGGUGGUGGCAGGGGCAGCUGUGGCUGCUUCAGGAGCAUGA